AUGGCCGCACAGGAAUUAUUCUAUCAUACGCCAGUGUUCUGCGAAAGUAUAUUUGAUGAGACCUUAAUAGUAUGGUCAGAAUCGGAUACUUGCGAUUUGGCACUUUCCUUCCAAGACAAAUCUGGCUGCGAGCAUAUCUGGGAGAAAAUAUGUCAAGUUCAAGGACGUGAUCCUGAACAGCAUCCGGACUUUACGGGUAAUUACGAUGAUCUGGAGGACAAUGAUGGACUGGAUGCGGGCAAUCAGUCAGCCUACAAUGCACAACGAGCAGUGAAUGCAGCUGCAGUGACGUUACCUCCAUGUGAGCUAUCUCGAUUGAUGGAGUUGGAGAUACUGCUCGCAAGUAGUUUCAGUUCAGCACAACUUCGUGAGAAACUUGCGAUCGCCAUUGAGAAUCAAGGGUAUGUUGGAAAGUUAUGUGAUCUAUUCCGUAUGUGCGAAGAUUUGGAGAAUAUCGAAGCGUUGAGAGUGAUGCAUCAAAUAGCUCGUGAUCUAUUCAUGUUGAAUCGGAACAACCUGCUGGAAGUGCUCUUAAGUGAAACUUACUUCAAAGAUAUUGUUGGUAUGCUAGAAUAUGACCCAACUCAAGCACAGCCACGAAAGCAUCGAGAAUUCUUAUUCGAAAAGGCCAGAUUCCGAGAAGUGCUCCCGAUACGUAGUGAUGAAUUGAGGCAAAAAAUUCAUCAAACUUAUCGAGUGCAAUAUGUUCAGGACGUUUGUCUGCCAGCACCGUCACUGUUCGAAGAGAAUUUAUUGUCUGUUCUAAACAGCUACCUCUUUUUCAAUCGGGUUGAUAUCGUGUCAAUGUUGCAGGACGAUGUGCAACUGAUGAGGGAACUCUUCGAUCAAUUGAAAGAUCGUACAAUUAGCACUGAACGAAGGAAGGAUCUCACGAUGUUUCUGAAAGAGUUUUGUUCGUUCUCUACCUCGUUGCAACCGAACGGACCGCAAGGACGUGAAGUCUUCUAUAAGACUCUAAUGCAAAAUGAUGUAUUGGCCACAAUAGAGCCGUGCAUAAUGUCGAAGGAUCCGCAGACUAUGGCCACAACUGUGGAGAUGUUUGUGAUGAUCGUUGAGUUCAAUCCGCAAACGGCUCGUGACUAUUUGCUGCAACAGGGACGCAAUCUGAGUGAUGCUAAAAAUGUUUNAGAUUAG